AUGUACCGCGCUGCGCUGCGUGGUAGCUCUAGGGGGUCUGCGUGUUUCCCCAACUGGGCCAGCAGGCGAGGGUCGAGAUCGUGUUCGAUUACCGCUGCGGCUGUAUGCGCCAGCGUGCCUCCUUUUUAUGGAAUGCACUGUCAUACCGAAUGGGCGGAAAACGUUUUUCAUGCCUCGCGAGGUUGGCGUUGUGAGCCUUUCCCCCUCCAACAAUCCCUUGGUGACGCCUCUUGCUUUUUUUGCACCUUCUCGCCCGAUAAUCCCGUAUGGCGCAGCUCGGCGAGGGUCGAUCUUGAAAGUCUUUGGAAGAGCCCCCCAAUCUACAAUGAGGGCUUCCUUGGUUUGAGGGUGGGGAAUAAAAUUUUCCUUUUGGAGUAG